AUGCGAGCGUCGAGGGGUUAUGUGUACUACCUGAAGACGAGUGGCAUCUGCGUCGUGGUGCUCGGGGGCUGCUGGUUUCUGUAUCAACUGCGGCAGAUAUCGCGGAUCAUUCGGUCGACUUACGAUACGAGCGUUCUAAGUUUGGAGCAAGCCCGCGCACAGUACAUCUACGUCGAUGACCCUCAGUUUAAAGACAUCUUCAUGUUUAGGAAAGACGAGGAUCUACAUGGACCUGCGUCGGAGAAGCCAAGAAGCCUCAGCGACACUCUGGCGAGAUGGUGGAAGGAGAAGAAUCACAAGCUUGCAUAUAAGUUGUUAUAUAUGGCGCAACACGGAGACAGAAACGAGCGAUAUAAAGCGGUGACUGAGCUUGGUGCCUUGUUACAUUUGAAAGAUUGGCAGUAUCGUCACUUGGCACAGAUGAUGGAUGCUAAAACAGCAGCAGCUCUCGCAAGAAUGCCAAAUAUUAAUUCACAGUUCUUUUUGCAACCACCGUAUUAUCAUGUGCAGUACAACUUAAACGAUGUCGUAGAAAAGGUACAUUCGCUGCUGUUAAGUCUGAAUGCUUUAUGUGGCAAUACACAUCUCUGCCUUACACAAUUUCUUAGUAAAAUGUUUAAAGAUUCGCAUCGAUAUCUUGUAGAAUGGUUUGAUCAUGACCUGGCAAGCGUGGGUCUUUCUAUGGAAACGACGACAGUUCGGGAUGAUGACGUGCUCAAAAGUUGCAUUCGUGCGAUCUGCCAUCAUUCCUCCGUGGAACAGUACAGCAAACACCUGAUCGAUGCCGGAGCUUUGCCAAUAUUGACAGCGAUACAGAAACGUUGCAGUGAUGACGUAGAAAUGUGCAUACUACUCGCAAGGAUAUUAUCCAACAUGUGUCUUCAUUCUGAAUAUUUAGAGGCUAUCUAUGAAUCCGGAUGGAUUGGCAUAUUGUCACGUUGGUCCCACAGCGACGAUAUUCGUCUGUCGGCACAGGCGAUCAGUGCAUUGAUGAAUCUGGAUAGGGAUGGGAACGAGAAAGCAAAAUAUGCGCAAAGUGUUUAUCUUCUUUAUCCUCUGCACAGAGUUCACGCGGCAACAAAAAUGGACGUUGUAUUUUUGCAUGGAUUGUUGGGUGGAGUAUUCGUUACCUGGAGACAACGUGACGUCGCGACGUCUGCGCUUGGAGUUGUAGAUGAUAAUACAGCGGUUGAGACUACAGAUUACUUGUCUACCAUGGCCGAUGACGAUCGUCCUCAGGAAUUCUUUAAAGACUUGGCUCGCGAUCUGUACUUGCGCGAAUGGAGAAAGACGGGUCAAGAUUUUGAGGUGGUGUUGGACGAUUGUCCGCAAAACACAAAUGCUCUCGCGUGUGGACCUUAUUUUUGCAGAGGAGAUGACGCCUGUAUGAAGAAUGAUCCUGACUCUAAAACACUUUGUUGGCCUAAAGACUGGUUACCUGUAGACAUACCAUCCUUACGAAUCAUAGGUGUUAAUUAUGGUACGAGUUUAUCUAUGUGGACUCCUUUCUGCCCAAUAGAAAGCAUGAAGAGCACUAUUAAAGAGAGAAGCGAAGAAUUUGUUACCAAAUUGACAACGGCAAACGUGGGCCAGCGGCCACUUAUAUGGGUCGCCCACUCAAUGGGUGGAUUAUUAAUUAAAAAGAUGCUUGUAGAAGAGUGGAAAACUGGAGAUAAGCACGGCAUCUGCAAGAAUACCAAGGCUAUCCUAUUUUACGCUACUCCUCAUCGAGGUUCGCACGUGGCGGCUCUGAAGCAAGCAACGCAAAUGCUGUUAUGGCCAACGGUCGAGGUGCAAGAACUACGUGAAGAGUCGCCGCAAUUGCUAAGAUUGCAUGAGGAAUUCCUAGAAAUGUUGAAUGAAUAUCGCAUAGAGAUUGUGAGUUUUGCCGAGGCCAAACCCACCCUUGUAACCGCACUGAAGUUUCCCUUCCAAUUCGUCAGCCUUAAUUCAGCAGAUCCUGGCGUGGGAGAGUUCUUCGAGAUUCCGCAGGAUCAUUUAUCGAUAUGCAAGCCAGCUAGCAGGCAAUCGUUCUUAUAUCAGAAACUUUUGAGUGUGCUCAGACACCACGUUAACACUCAGGAAGACACGACUGUCUUGUCGAUUAGGAAUCUACUAUCCAUGUUGAGUAAGUUAUUUUAGGUUUGUGUACAAGAGAUAAUAUAUGCGAGUUUUAUAUAUAUUUUUAUGUGGAACCAGAUGAAUGUAUGUAUACGUAUAAAAAAUAAAACUGUGAUAGCAUA